AUGACCUGGCAGUACCUGCCUCGAAUUCUAGUCUUUGUGGCUCUUCUCGCAAGUCCAGCUUACUGUCAGAAUUGUAACAAUGCACCCACUGAAGCCCUACAAAUCAUUUGUAGCCAAAUAGCCGCAUGGAACGCUAAUGCCAGGAACCAGCCUACGAUCUCGACUGCGUCUGUCUCAGCUCCCGGAAGUGCUGCUGGUGCAAUAAGCACUCUGGCUGUUUCGGAAAAUCCUAGAACCGCCUAUGAAUGCAUGGAUAUCGCGUGUCUAUGUACUUUCUUUGGUGGUACCGGCGGAAAUAACUGUGUUCUGCCCGGCGGAGCUCGCUUGGGACGUGCAUUACGCAAGGAGUAUCGCGUGAUGACAGAUGCGGAGAGAAAUAGGGUUUACUUCUGUCCUUUAAGAUAUCAUACUGCCAUGUGGACUAUCAAAGGCAAUGGUGACUACGAUACCUUGUCAAGAAUUCAUUCCUCAUUUGUCACCUCACCUGGAGCACAUUCUGGACCAGCUUUUCUACCAUGGCAUCGAGAGUUCAUCAAGAGAAUCGAAAUCGCUUUGCGUCGAGUUGAUCCUUCAGUAGCCUUACCAUACUGGGACUCCACAAUGGAUUCGACAAUACCAAAUCCAACCGAAUCGUCUAUGUUCACGAAUGAAUUGCAAGGUCGAACAUCACCGGAUGGUUUGAUUGCAACUGGAGCAUUCAGAGGAUGGCGUACUGUAGAUAAUUCGAGAGUUUUCCGAAGGAGUAUUGGGUCACAAGGUAGACUAUUCGUGGAAUCCGAUAUCACUGCCGUAUUGAAUACCAAUGAUUACACUCAAGUGCUUGCGUAUACUGCUCCGAGCAAUGGCUGCCCUAACCCAGCAAACUGGGCAGCAUUCGAGUAUUCACAUGGAAAUCCUCAUAUCUGGAUAGGAGGUGACAUGUUUACGCCAACAACAUCAACAAAUGAUCCAAUUUUCUGGAACCAUCACUCUUUUGUCGAUUUGAUUUGGGAAAAUUGGCGACAAGCUCGACAGAGCAGAGCUGUUCGUGAGUCGCAGUACCCACCAAAUAAUCCACAGUGUAGCAGUGAAGCUCAUUAUGGAAAUAAUAUUAUGCAACCGUUCUUCCCUAUGACCAACCGUGAUGGAUUAUUGAACUCUUAUACAGAUAAUCUCUACACUUUCCAAGCAAGACCUACUUGUUCGGCUGGAAACCCUGCCGGAUGCGGAUCAAGAUUCCUCUUCUGCGAUUUAUCUCAUGGUGCUCCGAGAUGUGCUGCAAAAAUAGCUGUUAAUGGAAACUGUGGAGGUUAUACCAGAAAUGAGGAUCGAUGCUAUCUCAGUACUUGUCAAAAUAAUCGUUGUAUAUCCAAUCAGAAUCCUCCUGCCACCACUCAACCACCUAUUGUUACUACAACUCCAGCUGGUCAAAAUCAAGAGACUUGCUUCAAUGAGCAACAAUGCUGCUCUAUAUGGGCUGCUAGAGGGGAGUGUCAACGAAAUCCCAAUUAUAUGAACAGUUGGUGCCGAGCCAGUUGCGGUAUCUGUCGUCCAACCACUUACAAUCUCAAUACGGAAUGCUCAAAUCGUCAUCCCACAUGUCAAGCAUGGGCUGCUCGUGGGGAAUGUCAAAAUAAUCCCGCUUGGAUGACAGAAAACUGUCGACAAGCAUGUAAUUUAUGUGGAACUACGAGAGCACAAGCCUGUGGUCAAGGAGGGGGCAACCCAGCAACAACGCAACGACCUCCUCCAGCAGGACAAUUUACAUGUCUCAAUCAACAUUACUGCUGUAUUGCUUGGGCAGCUCGUGGAUACUGUACCAGUCAAACAGCCUACAUGAAUCAGUACUGUCAGCCAUCCUGCAAUUUCUGCCGAGGAUCACAGCCACCGCCGCUAUGGAACUCGCAAACUUGCGUCGACUUCAGCUCGAAUUGUCAGGCAUGGGCUAGUCAAGGUCAAUGUAAUUCUAAUCCACAAUAUAUGUGGGAAAAUUGUAAACAGACGUGCGGACGUUGCGCACUAACCAAUCUCAACACUCGCCUAGCCACUUGCGGUUUUACAAGACGUCUUUCACGCAAUGGGCGCCCCAUUUCUACAUUCCGGGUGAAUCCCUUCCAUUUACCACUAAGAAGACAGUCUUUUCUGGUCUCGCUAGCACCUGCUCCUGCGACAGGAGCUUCUCUGGCGCCACCGCCCCUAAACAGAAAAGCCCUCCCAAAAGCUCGAUUGAGUAGAAGGCCAGCACAACGUGAGAGAUUGCUGAGGCCAUCGGGAAUGGCUGUUUUUUGA